AUGUCUGAUCCUGAGUCUGUUUUGCGUCGUAACUGCGUUCGGUGGCAAGACGAUGAACAUCUUUUGCGUGCCUUUGAAGAUGCAUUUCGUGUAGGAGAUUCUCGCUACACAUAUGACAUCUCCGAUCCUCCAAGUGUGUUUUUGGAAAGUGUCGCAAAGUUGAUUUAUAUUCGCUAUAUUUGUGUGUUCGACGAUGAACAGGCAGCAGAGUAUCGAUGUAACAUUGAAAACAUUGAAUACGAGUAA